CCCGACGGUCACAUGUUUCCUUUGUUAUGAGCAAGACUGGUGGUGGCUCGAGGAGACAGCGGCGCUGCAGGGACCGCGGGGGUCGCCGCUCGUGCCGCUUCCAGCCUGCGCCGAGAGGUGUGAAAAUUUAAAUAACACGAGUACUUUGCCUGGGGCUUUGGUCAAACAAAUGCUGAGAAGCUACAUAAAGAAGAUCCCUCGGAGCCAUUUCUCAACAAUUAUAUAGUCAACUGAUGUAACAAUGGUACUAAUAUUGGGACGCAGAUUAAACAGAGAGGAUCUUGGGGUGCGUGAUUCCCCAGCAACUAAGCGUAAAGUUUUUGAAAUGGACCCCAAAUCUCUGACAGGUCAUGAGUAUUUUGACUUCUCUUCAGGAUCAUCCCAUGCUGAAAACAUCCUCCAGAUAUUUAAUGAGUUCCGAGACAGCCGCUUAUUCACAGAUGUUAUUAUCUGUGUGGAAGGCAAAGAGUUCCCGUGCCAUCGAGCUGUCCUCUCAGCCUGUAGCAGCUACUUCAGAGCCAUGUUCUGUAACGACCACAGGGAGAGCCGAGAGAUGCUGGUGGAGAUCAACGGCAUCUUAGCCGAAGCCAUGGAGUGCUUUCUGCAGUACGUGUAUACUGGGAAGGUGAAGAUCACGACGGAGAAUGUCCAGUAUCUCUUCGAAACCUCCAGCCUCUUUCAGAUUAGUGUUCUCCGUGACGCUUGCGCCAAGUUCUUAGAGGAGCAGCUUGAUCCUUGCAACUGCUUGGGAAUCCAGCGUUUCGCCGACACCCACUCACUCAAAACACUCUUCACAAAGUGCAAGACCUUUGCCUUGCAGACUUUCGAGGAUGUGUCCCAGCAUGAAGAGUUUCUCGAGCUUGACAAAGAUGAACUUAUUGAUUACAUCUGUAGUGAUGAACUUGUUAUUGGUAAGGAAGAGAUGGUUUUUGAGGCAGUCAUGCGCUGGGUCUACCGAGCGGUUGAUCUGCGAAGACCGCUGCUCCAUGAGCUCCUGACGCACGUCAGGCUUCCUCUCUUGCACCCCAACUACUUUGUUCAGACAGUUGAGGUGGACCAGUUGAUCCAGAAUUCCCCUGAAUGCUAUCAGUUGCUGCAUGAAGCAAGACGGUACCACAUACUUGGCAAUGAAAUGAUGUCCCCAAGGACUAGGCCACGCAGGUCUACUGGCUACUCGGAGGUGAUAGUUGUGGUUGGCGGCUGUGAACGCGUGGGAGGAUUUAAUCUUCCAUACACUGAGUGCUAUGAUCCCGUAACAGGAGAAUGGAAGUCCUUGGCCAAGCUUCCAGAAUUCACCAAGUCAGAGUACGCUGUCUGUGCACUGAGGAAUGAUAUUCUUGUUUCAGGUGGAAGAAUCAACAGCCGGGAUGUCUGGAUUUAUAACUCACAGUUGAAUAUCUGGAUCAGAGUUGCUUCUCUAAAUAAAGGCAGAUGGCGUCACAAAAUGGCUGUCCUUCUUGGUAAAGUAUAUGUUGUUGGCGGUUACGAUGGGCAAAACAGACUUAGCAGCGUAGAAUGUUAUGAUUCCUUUUCAAAUCGUUGGACAGAAGUUGCUCCACUUAAAGAAGCCGUGAGCUCUCCUGCGGUAACAAGCUGUAUAGGAAAAUUGUUUGUGAUUGGUGGAGGGCCUGAUGAUAAUACUUGUUCUGAUAAGGUCCAAUCUUAUGACCCAGAAACCAAUUCUUGGCUACUUCGUGCAGCUAUCCCCAUCGCCAAGAGGUGCAUAACAGCAGUCUCUUUAAACAACCUGAUCUACGUUGCUGGUGGACUGACCAAGGCCGUGUAUUGUUACGAUCCAGUCGAAGACUACUGGAUGCACGUACAAAACACGUUCAGCCGGCAGGAAAACUGUGGUAUGUCUGUUUGUAAUGGUAAAAUCUAUAUCCUGGGUGGAAGACGGGAAAAUGGAGAAGCCACAGAUACUAUUCUCUGUUACGAUCCUGCGACAAGUAUCAUCACAGGAGUGGCUGCGAUGCCCAGACCAGUGUCCUACCAUGGCUGUGUGACUAUUCAUAGAUACAAUGAGAAAUGCUUUAAGCUCUAGCGAUACCUCACACGAGAAGCCAAUGCCAAUCCAAGAGGAGAGUUUUUAAAACGACCAUGUGCGAACACAACUUUGUGCCAUCUGCAAAAAAGAAAUAAAUAAUCCUGUUGCCUUUCUGACCCAAACACCAGACUUCAAGCUGUCAAAUGUCAGUCCGUUUCUGAAGUGGGGUGGGGUGGGUUACAGUGAGCCAGGGCCCGCGUCUACCCCAGCACCCAGAAGGCAGUUUCUAUACUCUUGAGCCCAGCCUGGUCUGCAUAAAAUGUUCUAGGCCAGCAAAAGUAAGAAUUUGGCCUAUGAUUAUACUUUUGCGUUUUUGAAAAACUAGGUGGGGUAGGCAGUAAUGCCCAGUGUAAACUUCUUAGGGAUUUGUGGACCCUCUUUCAGGAAUGUGUCCUGUUUUUGUCAGUUUUGUAGAAAAUAUUGCAUGACUGAAGCUUUAUUUAGGUUGAAUUGCCUGAUGUUAAGAAUGUUUAGAACUCAUUGUGAGGGGAGGAAAUGAGUUUGUUUGUUCGUUCCUUUUAACCAUUUAUUUAAGUUAUGUGCAUUGGUGGAAGGGGAUCAGAUCCCUUGGAACUAGAGUUACAGACAGUUAUGAACUGCCCUGCUAUGUGGGUGCUGGGAAUUGAACCCCAGAUCUCUGGAAGAACAGACCGUGCUCUUAACCACUGAACCAUCUCUCUCCAGCCCCCAGAAAUGAGUUUUAAAUAUCUGUCACGGACUUUAUCCCUGCCGGUUAAUUUUAUUGAAGGCUUUUUGGGGUUUUGUUUGUUUUUUCCUAAUUAUAAAAGUGUAGUAACAAUUCAGCUACCAUAAAACACCAAAUUUUAUGACUGUAUAGACUGUUCUCUGAUAUUAAAUACUUUGUGAGCUUAUGUAGGAGAUAGAAAAGUAAGAAAAUUUAAAUUGUACAUUAGUCCCUAAGGAAAAAUUAAAGUAACUAUUGAAAAAAAA